CGUGUUUAUAAAGGUUGAGUUUGAUAUUUGGUUUUAAAAAUUUACCAUUUAAACCUUAAAUUAAGCUAACCAUUUUAAUUAAACAUCCUAUCAUACACAGAACGAAUAAAUAAUAUUAAAAACUAAAAGACUUGCACAAGAACAGUCCAUCUUCUAUUCAUGACGUCACGAGUCAGGCCUUGUUAUCUAGAUGGUGGUGACACGUGACGCCUACAGAACAGUAAAUAUGAAUUGCCAGUGUAAAGAACAAAACCAAAACAAAUUGUAAUUUAUAAACGAUUUAUAAAGUAAAUAUAUAUAGGCUAAAGCGUUCGCGGGCCAACCCUUCAUUCUUCAAUAUAUUUUCGCGAGGUUUUUUUUUGUCAACACUAAGUUUAGCCAGGUGGAACUUACUUCUUCUUACACAGACCAACCAAGAAUGAAGAAAACCCUCUCCCUUUUUACCACGUGAAUCCUACCCCCCUUCUAAUUGGUCUAUAGACCAUCCACACUCCCUAGUCUCGGGAUAAGGAACUCCUAAAUUGUGACAAUGGUCACUAGACCAGUUUAAUCCACUCGGCUACUGGUGGCACAAUGGGCUUUACGGAGAUGCUUUGCAUUAGUCACUCUGGUCCAUCUUAGAUAUAUGCAAAAUAAAGCAAAUUUUUCUUUUAUUUCACAAAUUCAAAGAAGAAAGAUUAACGAUACAACGGCAUCACUUAUUUUGCUUUAACUGUUUCCGACCUGUGGGGCACUAAGAGAGCAUUUUUAGCAAGCCGACUAUGGGUUCGGCCAUGCCCACAAUGACGCGGCUAGGAGGAACAGGGCCCGACAUAUCCGGCACAGACCACCACCGAAAAAUUGCUGGAGUUGCUGGCCUAGACACGAUCCCAGAUUCUCCAGAGCGGUAUGAUGACGCCUUAAUGGCUUCGGUAAUCUGGCCGUUGUAGAAACUCUCAUAACUUUCCAAUCGGCAUAAUGCUAUGAGGAAUCCGAAUUCGAAUUCCGAUCGGAUCCUCAGAAAUUUUCAAGAAGGCUUACAAUGGGGCUAAGUGGUCGCGCCUUACCACUUAGCCGUUCUGUUGUGAACGAAUGGUGAAAAUACAUCUUCAUUUCACAGAUAAUGGCUGUAAUUUAAAGUAAUUUUAACUGAUUUAAUUGCAUUGUUAACAGCAUCAACAAUCAAACUCAUAAUUGAAUUGUUCUCUUGUUAUAAAAUAUUAUCUCGGUGAACAAUAAGAAAAAACAAAUUUUAUAGCAUGUCAUCUUCAAAUCAAACAGAACAGAAUGAAGGGACCAAAGACGUACGUGUAAGCGACACUGAGAACAUAAUCCAAAAUGUUGUGGAACCGAAACAAAUCCUCCCAGAACAAUCACAAAGAGUGGUAGCAGAUGACACAGAUAAGAUGUGUACUGAUAGUGGUUUUCCCGAUGAGUCGGGAGAUUAUUCGACAAUCGAAAAUGAUCAUCUCACUGACGUAAACAUGGAAAGUUCUGCUACCGAAAUAAUUAACAAGGAAGAGGAGGCAAAAAGUUCUGCUACCGAAAUAAUUAGCCAGGAGGAGGAAAGUUCUACCAUCGAGAUAAUUAACCAGAAGGAAGAAAGUUAUGCAACUGAGAUAAUUAACCAGAAGGAAGAAAGUUAUGCAACUGAGAUAAUUAACCAAAAUGAAGAAAGUUAUGCAACUGAGAUAAUUAACCAGAAGGAAGAAAGUUAUGCAACUGAGAUAAUUAACCAAAAUGAAGAAAGUUAUGCAACUGAGAUAAUUAACCAGAAGGAAGAAAGUUAUGCAACUGAGAUAAUUAACCAAAAUGAAGAAAGUUAUGCAACUGAGAUAAUUAACCAGAAGGAAGAAAGUUAUGCAACUGAGAUAAUUAACCAAAAUGAAGAAAGUUAUGCAACUGAGAUAAUUAACCAGAAGGAAGAAAGUUAUGCAACUGAGAUAAUUAACCAAAAUGAAGAAAGUUAUGCCACCGAGAUAAUUAACCAGAAGGAAGAAAGUUAUGCCACUGAGAUAAUUCACAAUGAAAAUUCGUUAAUGCAGGUUUCGCAUAUAAGAAAGCCGAUCAUAGAUUGGUUCUUUCGCUUCUUUAAUCAAUUUUCCAUCCCUCAAAUGAUCACAUCACUGAUCAGGAAAAGAAAACGUGAUUUUGAUGAAGACGAAAAUGAAAACCCUCCAAAAAUUCCUAAAAUAUAAUUUAUAAAUUUUCCUGUCCGCUUAACGUUUGAAAUACAUUUUUACAAUUAUCAAAAUUAUUUGGUAAAUGAAUGUAAUAAA